AUGGAUGUUGUUGUAAGCAAUAAUGGUACUCACAAUGUAGCUCUACUUGUCGGCUAUGGCAACGGUACUUUUGCGAGUCCAAACAUGUAUUCAACUGGAUCUUCUUCAUCAAUCUCCAUUGUCAUAGGUGAUUUAAAUAGCGACAAUCGUUCAGACAUUGCCUUCAUCAACAAUGAUACAAGCACUAUAGGUAUCAUGCUUGGCUAUGACGAAUUUUUUCCUAUUCAAACGACAUAUUCAACUGGCGCUUCUCCAUACUCUAUAGCCGUUGGUGAUUUUAAUCAUGACACCCGAUUAGAUAUUGUAGUUGCUAAUAGGGAGAGCAACACUGUAAGUAUCCUUCUCGGAUAUGGCGAUGGCUCUUUUGCAAGUCAAACGACAUAUUCAACUGGCUCUUGGCCUGUCUUUGUAGCUGUUGGUGACUUUAAUAAUGACAGCAAUCUGGAUAUCGUCAUCGCUAAUUUUGGUAGCAACAAUGUAAGUGUCCUUCUCGGAUAUGGAAAUGGCUCUUUUGCAAAUCAAACGACAUAUUCAACUGGCUCUAGCCCAGAAGCUGUAGCUGUUGGUGACUUUAACAGCGACACCCAUCUGGAUAUCGUCGUCGCUAAUGCUGGUGACAAUACUGUCAGUGUACUUCUCGGAAACGGUGAUGGCUCUUUCGCAAAUCAAAAGACAUUUUCAACUGGCUCUCUGCCAGUCUCUGUAGCUGUUGGUGAUUUUAACAACGACACCCAUCUGGAUAUCGUCGUUGCUUAUUUUGGUGAGAACACUAUAAGUGUACUUCUCGGAUAUGGCAAUGGCUCUUUUGCAAAUCAAACAAAAUAUUCAACUGGCUCUGUCCCAAUAGCUCUAGCUGUUGGUGAUUUUAAUAAUGACAGCCAACUGGAUAUCGUCGUUGUUAAUCGGGAUGACAACACUGUAAGUGUCCUUCUUGGAUAUGGAAAUGGCUCUUUUGCAAAUCAAACGAUAUAUUCAACUGGUUCUAGCCCAAUGUCUGUAGCUGUUGGUGACUUUAACAACGACACCCAACUGGAUAUCGUCGUUGCUAAUCUUGGUGGUAACACUGUAAGUAUCCUUCUUGGAUAUGGCAAUGGCUCUUUUGCAAAUCAAACGACAUAUUCAACUGGCUCUGGCCCAAUUGCUGUAGCUGUUGAUGAUUUUAAUAACGACACUCGACCGGAUAUUGUCGUCGCUAAUGGGAAUGACCAUACUGUAGGUGUUCUACUUCGAUAUGACAGAGGAGCUUUGAAAGAUAAAAUCACAUUUGCGCCUACCGAUGGUUCUCGUUUGCGAAACUUUGCCCUUUUUGAUUUCAAUAACGAUAGCCUAUUGGAUAUCGCUGUUGUCAAUUAUGGUACUAAUAACAUAGGUGUCCUUCUUGGAUAUGGGAAUGACACUUUUGGAAAUCAAAUGGUGCUCUCAACAGGCUUAAAUUCUCAUCCAUACUCCAUCACUAUUCAUGAUUUCAAUAGAGACGGUCAAGCAGAUAUAGCCGUGGCCAAUUAUGGUACUAAAAAUCUUGUUACGUUUCUGGGAAGUGGAAAUGGAACAUUUGAAAAUCAAGGACGUUACGGUAUACAUUUUGAUUUCGUUCCACUGAUGAUUGGUGCUGGUAGUUUCAACAAAGAUGGGAGUUCAGAAAUUUUCGUUGCAUAUGAUGACAUCGAUUAUGUAGAUGUGCUGGUAACAUACGACAUCGGAUCUUUCAGUAAUUACAUUAAAUAUUCAACUGGAAAUGGGCCCGGAUCUGUAGCUCUUGGCGAUUUUAAUAAUGACAACAACCUUGAUAUAGUCGUCGCUAAUCAAGGAGACAACACUGUUGGCUUACUUCUCGGAUAUGGAAAUGGUUCUUUUACUAAUCAAACGACAUACUCAACUGGUUCUAGCCCAAUGUCUGUAGCUGUUGGCGAUUUUAACAACGACACCAAUCUGGAUAUCGUCGUCGCUAAUAGAAAUGACAACAGUAUAAGUGUCCUUCUCGGAUAUGGUAAUAGCUCUUUUGCAAAUCAAACGACAUAUUCAACUGGCGCUGGCCCAAUUUCUGUAACUGUUGGUGAUUUUAACAACGACACCCGACCGGAUAUCGUUGUUGCUAAUCAUCAUGGCAAUACUUUAAGUGUACUUCUCGGAUAUGAAAAUGGCUCUUUUGGAAAUCAAACGACAUAUUCAACAGGGUAUAAACCAUGGCCUGUAACUGUUGGUGAUUUUAAUAACGAUACUCGAUUGGAUAUCGUCGUUGCUAAUUUUGGUGACAACACUGUAAGCAUCCUUCUCGGAUAUGGCAAUGGCUCCUUUGCAAAUCAAACGAAAUAUUCAACUGGUGCUGCGCCAGCGUUUGUAACUAUAGGUGAUUGUAACAACGACACCCAUCUGGAUCUCGUUGUCACUAAUUAUGAUGACAACACUAUAAGUGUACUUAUCGGAUAUGGCAAUGGUUCUUUCACGAAUCAAACGAUAUAUUCAACUGGCUUUGGACCAAGUUCUGUAGCUAUUGAUGAUUUUAAUAAUGACAACCGACUGGAUAUCGUCGUCACUAAUUGGAAUAACAACACUAUGAGUGUCCUUCUUGGAUAUGGCAAUGGUGUUUUUGCAAAUCAAAUGAUCUAUUCAACUGGGACUAGUCCUUCAUCUGUAGCUGUUGGUGAUUUUAAUAAUGACACCCGAUUGGAUAUCGUCGUCUCUAAUGAUAA